AUGUUCGGAUCAAGCAAGACCUUCAGCGUGGAUGACAUCCCCGAUCUUUCCGGGAAGACCAUUCUAGUAACUGGUGGAAACUCUGGACUUGGCGCCGAGAGCUGCMUCCAGUUUGCUAAACAUGGAUCUCCACGAAUCUUUCUGGCAGCUAGGAGUCGUGAAAAAGCGGAGCAAGCUAUAGCCAACAUCAAGGCCCAGGUCCCGGAUGCCAACAUCACAUUCUUGUCAAUGGAUCUUGCAGAUCUCGAAUCUGUCAAGAAAGCAGCAGAACAAUUCAUCGCCGAAUCCUCCCGCCUGGACAUCCUCCUGAACAAUGCAGGUAUCUUAGGCUCUCCGCCAGGUCUCACCAAGGAUGGGUUUGAGGUGACAUUGGGAACAAAUCACGUCGGACACGCCUUGUUAACGAAACUGCUUCUGCCUGUUCUCCAGGAAACUGCUCAGAAUCCGGGAUCCGAGGAUGUCCGAAUUGUCAAUGUGAGCUCACGGGCCUACAAGUGGGCACCAAACGGCGGACUAGCKGUGGAAUCCGCCUUGACCACCAUGUCUGAUGCCGGGAUGUUCCAGCGAUAUGCUUACAGUAAGAUUGCCAACAUCUACUUUACCCAGGAGCUCGCCAAACGGUACCCAACUAUCAAAAGCAUGGUGAUUCACCCUGGAGCGGUGGCUACCAAUGUGUCGCAUGAUCUUCAGACCUCCAAUCCCUGGAUUCCAGCUUUCGUAUGGUCUGUGGGAACGAAGUUGCUCCUCAAUCCUGUGGCACGGGGAGCUUUGACCCAGUUGUGGGCAUCAUGUAGCCCGGAUGCUCAGAGUGGCAAGUACUAUGAGCCGGUGGGGAGGCUAGUUAAUCUGACGGGGGCUGCAAGUGACGAGAGCAAUGCGGCGAAGCUUUGGGAGUGGACGGAGUCGCAGCUACGAGAGAAGGGAUUUUAG